CGUGUGUGUAUAUAUAUAGAAUGUUGUAAUUGCUUGGCUAUACACCUUUGAUACACUGAAAAAGACCAGCAUUAGAAAAUUCACAACAAUGGCUCUAGCUCCAAAAAACAAUCGCCGCUCAAUGUUUGCUCCUAUUUCCGACCUAAACAACACUAAAAAAUCAUGGAUUGUCAUGUUAAGGGCUGUGCGUGUUUACUUUAUACCGAGGUGGGCAAAAGGCGGGGAUUCCAUGGAGAUCAUAUUUCACGAUGAGCAUGGGAAAUCGUUUGGGUUGCACACUAUAGGGAGAAUACGUGGACCGAUUCAUGGAUUGUUUGACCCAAAACAACCAAGAACCGGUUAUUAUGCUUUUGAGCUUUUGCCGCCCGAGACGCUAUAUGGGGAUUGUGACUGUCUCUACUGCAUUUCAUGUUACCAAAAUGAUUUUCGAUGGUAAUUCUCCCAAGAUUGAAGAAUUUAGAGCAAGGUUACCUUGACUGCUAAGUCAUUUGGGAUGAGAAAGCUUACCAAAAACCAGGGGAUCAAUCCAUUUAUUCAUUUCGAAGAUGAACCAGACAAAGAUAUAGGAGGAAUUGGAAAUUUAAUUGAUCCAUGUUACAAGUGCAAACAGUAAUGAAGAUUCACUUGAUAU